AUGUUAUCACAAUUUUUCAUUGUACUUAUAUUAAUUUUUACUUCUUUUAAUAUUAUUCAAACAAUUGAAUUUGGAUGUGAACAUAAUUCAACGACUUAUCCAAUUGAUACUGAAUGGACAUUAUCUGAAUCUUGUCAAACAUGUAAAUGUUUAUCAAAUAAAAUUAUUAUUUGUCGAAAUCGAACAUGUCAAAUACCAAAAGAUUGUCGAAUGGGUGAACAAUUAACAUUAAAAGCAGGUAGUUGUUGUCCAACAUGUUCGCCUAUUCGACGUUCUUGUCUCUAUGAUAGUACUGCAAUACUUGUAUGUUAUCAAUUAUAUUUCUUAUUUAACAAAUGA